AUGAAGAACCGAUCGAUCGAAAUAGAGUUCAUUCUCCUAGGAUUGACAGAUGACCCACAAUUGCAAAUUGUGAUUUUCCUGUUUCUAUUUGUCAAUUACACAUUGAGCCUCAUGGGAAACGUAAUCAUUAUUCUCCUCAUGCUGGAUCCUCGCCUCAAGACACCAAUGUAUUUCUUUCUUCGUAAUUUCUCAUUUUUGGAAAUCAUAUUCACAACAGUAUGUAUUCCCAGAUUCCUGGUAACCAUUGUGACUAAAGAAAAAACCAUUUCAUAUAAUAAUUGUGUAGCUCAAUUGUUUUUUACUCUUUUACUGGGAGUUACAGAGUUUUACCUUCUGGCUGCCAUGUCCUAUGACCGCUAUGUUGCCAUCUGCAAACCGUUGCAUUACCCCAUCCUCAUGAAUAGCAAAGUGUGCUAUCAGCUUGUCUUCAGCUCUUGGGUAACUGGAUUCUUAAUUAUAUUCCCCCCAUUGGUGAUGGGACUCAGGCUGGACUUCUGUGCUUCCAGAGUAAUUGACCACUUUAUGUGCGAAACUUCUCCUAUCCUACAAAUCUCCUGCACAGAUACUCGAGUCCUAGAACUGAUGUCUUUUAUCUUAGCUGUGGUGACACUUGUGGUCACAUUGAUAUUAGUGAUUCUUUCUUACACUUACAUCAUCAAGAACAUUCUGAAAUUCCCUUCCACACAGCAAAGGACCAAAGCUUUUUCCACCUGUACUUCCCACAUGAUUGUUGUCUCCCUGACAUAUGGUAGUUGUAUCUUUAUGUAUAUGAAACCCUCUGCAAGAGAAAGGGUAACUGUAUCCAAAGGUGUAGCUUUGCUGUACACUUCCGUUGCCCCUUUACUAAAUCCCUUCAUUUACACCCUAAGGAACCAGCAGGUGAAAGAAGUCUUCUGGGAUAUGUUACAAAAGAUGUAUUUCCCCAAAAAAACUAUUAUAAAAAGGCCAAAAAUAAUAACCUUACCAUAA